AUGUCCUUUGAAGCAAACCUUUAUCGGCAAUUUGAUUUACCUCGGGAGCAAGCAUCCGAAGCAGAAAAACAAGAAGCUCAAGAGCUACCUUCAACAUCAAAACAACGCUUGCCAACAGCAAGGUCUUUUGAACUAUCACCACCGGUACCGCACCCCAGCUACCCUCGCUUACUUCCAGAAAAACAAGAAGCUCAAGAGCUACCUUCAACAUCAAAACAACUUUUGACAACACCGGAGCCUAUUGAACUAUCCCCUCGGGUAGCACACCCCAGCUAUCCUCUCUCACUUCCAGGGAAACAAAGCCAGAACAGCUGCAGCAGUCAAACAAUUUUCCCUGCACCAAUACUGCAAUCCACGAGCCAAUCAACCCGCANACUUGAAAAUACGCUGUUGGAAGAUCAGCAGAGCGAUUUCAAUUUGCGUUUGGCUUACGAACGCCAAACAGAAAAACUUAAAAAUAUGUGUCAGUCCUUGGAUAAUGAAAAAGCGCGUAAUGUACGACUGAUGGAGUUAAUUCGUGGUGUUGAACUAUCUACUUCGACGGAAGAUGAGGAACCGGAUUAUUCGCUUUCACGAUGUGGUGCUACGGAACGUUGGUCACGCGCAUCAGAUGUAUAUGAAUCGAUAAGCCCGCUGUUGUUGCAACAGAG